CUUCUAUUUUGUAUAGAGUUAUUGAUCUAUUAUUAAAAAAACUCCCAUAUACUUUAAUUUUGGGUUGAAAAUUAAAAUUUGGUAAGCUCAAAACCCUACUAGAUAGAAAAUGAUUAAGACCCUAUUAGAUAAAGAAAAUAUAUGUGGUGCUGCUUUUUGCUGUUUUGGUGGUGGAUGAAGAUUCAAGACUGAAGCGUGGACGGAGCUCUAACACAGACACUGUGUCUCAGUCUAAGUCUAUACUUAACUUUGCUCAACCUCAAUCCCUUUUGUGUUUUCUGUUCAUAGUUCUUACAACAAUUGCACAAAAAUGCACGCUUCCAUUGCACUUUCCCUUUCCUCUCGGGUUUCUGCUGAUGCACAUUUCUAUCGAUCUGACCUGCUCUUCAAUUUCAACUAUUACAAGGGCUUUUCUACCUCUAUAGGAAGUAAAAGCCUUAGAUUUUCUCGGCUCAAGGCUAGCUUUUGGGAGUCCAUCAGAUCUGGAUUCGUGAAGAAUGAUUCAACACAAGUGUUUGAAUCGUCAACUCCCAUUGAUGAAGAGGAAGAACCUUUGCCGGAAGAAUUUGUGCUUGUUGAAAAGAUUCAGCCGGAUGGUGCUGUUGAGCAGAUAAUAUUUUCUUCUGGUGGAGAUGUUGAUCUGUAUGAUUUGCAAGCAUUAUGUGAUAAGGUAGGCUGGCCCCGAAGGCCACUCUCAAAACUUGCCGCAGCUUUAAAAAAUAGCUACAUGGUUGCCACAUUGCAUUCAGUACGGAAAUCACCUGAAGCAGGUGAGGAGUACAAGACGCUUAUUGGCAUGGCUCGUGCUACAUCUGAUCAUGCCUUUAAUGCUACAAUUUGGGAUGUUCUUGUUGAUCCAUCUUAUCAGGGCCAAGGACUUGGAAAGGCUCUUGUGGAGAAGCUGAUUAGGGCUCUUCUACAGAGGGAUAUUGGGAAUAUUUCUCUUUUUGCAGAUAGUAAAGUUGUUGACUUCUAUCGGCAUUUAGGCUUUGAACCAGAUCCAGAGGGGAUUAAAGGAAUGUUUUGGCACCCUAAGUAAUUGUUCUUUGACAACAAAGGCGGAUUGCAAGACUCCUCUUAUUGAGAGAUGCGCUGUGGAGAUAGUUUGUGCUAGUGAAUGAUGUGUAUAUUCAUGUUAUAUUUUAAUAUUUGUGAGGACAAAUGUAUUUGGCUGAAUAGUGAAAGAAUUUAUUAGUGUAUACGACAAUCCAUUUUUGAUAUAUUGCUAUCUAAAUGUGUGUUCCUGUA